UGUGAGGACCCCGUUGCUGUGCGGCGGCUGUUGUAUUGGAGUACCGAGGGUGCCUAGUGUGGCCAAUUGGGGUUGUAGCAGAGAGAUCGCCGGCCUCUGGCUGGUGAUAUAGCGGCUGUUUGUUGGGUACACAUUCCGAACAAUGAGCUCGGUCGGUGUGAUGUCUCCGGCCGCUGCUGCAGCUACUGAUUACUAUGAAGAGGAAGAUUUGGAGAGCGCGGAGGAGGAAGAUGACCGUAGUUUCCGGGGCCGGGAGUCUGAUGAGGACACUGAAGAUGCCAGUGAGACGGACCUGGCGAAGCAUGACAAUGUGGAUUAUGUGGAAAUGAAAGAACAGAUGUACCAAGACAAGUUGGCUUCUCUGAAACGACAGCUGCAGCAGCUUCAGGAAGGGACUUUGCAAGAAUAUCAGAAGCGCUUGAAAAAAUUAGACCAGCAGUACAAGGAGAGACUAAGAAAUGCUGUCUUGAAUUUUAAUUUACAGACAGAACAAGUGGAAAGGAACUACAUCAAGGAGAAAAAGGCAGCUGUCAAAGAGUUUGAGGAUAAGAAGAUUGAACUGAAGGAAAAUCUAAUUGCAGAACUGGAGGAAAAGAAGAAAAUGAUAGAAAACGAGAAGCUAACAAUGGAAUUGACAGGAGAUUCCAUGGAAGUCAAGCCUAUUAUGACUCGAAAACUGCGACGGCGGCCCAAUGAUCCAGUGCCAAUUCCUGAUAAGAGAAGAAAGCCAGCUCCUGCCCAGCUUAAUUACCUUCUUACCGAUGAGCAGAUCAUGGAAGAUUUAAGAACCCUAAAUAAGUUAAAAUCCCCUAAAAGACCAGUAUCUCCAUCAACACCGGAACAUCUUCCUGCUACCCAAACGGAAUCUCCUGCCCAGAGGUUUGAGGCUCGGAUAGAAGAUGGGAAGCUGUAUUAUGAUAAGAGAUGGUAUCACAAGAGUCAAGCAAUAUACCUAGAAUCAAAGGACAACACCAAAAUCAGCUGUGUGAUCAGUUCGGUGGGAACUAACGAGAUUUGGGUGAGGAAAAGCAGUGACAGCACAAAGAUGAGGAUCUACCUUGGCCAACUACAGAGGGGCUUGUUUGUUAUCCGGAGGCGUUCCGCUGCAUAAAACCUACUGGUCUCGCCAGUCUCCUAAUGUGACAGUUCAUCUAUGACACAUCAUCUUUCAUCUGGAUGACAGCUGGCGUCACUGACCUGUGCAGACUGAAAUGCAGACUGUGAUCAGUGAACAUUACCUUGUAUAGUGAGAUUUUCAAAUCCUUUCCAGCAUCAGUGGUACUGAAGACUUGAGGGAAUAUUUCUCAAGACGAGUCGCCUAUUCUUCAGUAUAUCUUUGCUUCACAAAGAGACAACUGCAUCUCUGCAAAGAGAAUUGUUUCACAAAUUCUCAGUGCUGCUGCAUAAAUUAGUUCUUUAUUUUUUGGCCAACUCCUCACAAAGCUCACACUGACUAUAACAAAUUACAGCUAACCUUUUCUUUAGCUGGUCUUGUAACUUUAAUAUGUUGUUUACGUUUUACUUAAGCGGCCAUUUUUAGAUGCAGAAUAAAAGGCAGGGAAUAAGAUCUUAGAUAUUAUUCAUUAUACAUUUCAUUGUUGCAACCAGUGCAUCUUGCACAUUUGUAUUUCAGGUUUUGUGCUGGCGGUUUUUAAAAUCACCGAAACUGACCGAACUGAUAAAUCCAUAAUUCAAGUAGGAUACGAUCUCAGGAAUUUUUGUGGAAAUAGUGGUUCUUUGUAUUGCUCUGCUUCUAUUAGUUGUCAGCAUAUUAUUGUAAAACGUAUCUCAAGCUUCUUUAAAAUGUAUUCAUUUUAACAUAUUCAGUGUUUGUUUACUUGUUUUGUCUGU